ACAUGGGUGAACUGCAACAAGUCAAAAACGUAGGAGGAAGGGAAUCUUUUAGCCUAGAUCCAAGGCCGCACUGAAGAUGAGGCCUCUUAUGCACUGAAAAGGAGGAGGGGCUAAGGAUGCAUGGAGAUCUCUUUACCCACUUCCCUAAUAUUAAUUACAUGAACCAUCGCGAGCAUCAUGGCUGAGUUAGAGGGAGCCAAAGAAAGCAUUUCCUUCUAUGUGAAUGGAGGAAAAGUUGUUGUGGAGAGCCCGGACUCGGAGACCACUCUAUUGUACUUCCUAAGAACGCAGCUCCGCCUAACAGAUACUAAGCUUGGGUGUGGAGAGGGUGGGUGUGGUGCCUGUACGGUGAUGCUCUCCUGGUAUCAAGAGGGCGUGGUUACACAUACUGCCGUCAACGCUUGUCUUGCCCCCCUCUGUUCUGUGGAUGGUAUGGCGGUCACCACAUUGGAGGGGAUUGGUAGCUCCCGCGAUCUCCUUCAUCCUGUUCAGGAGCGUAUAGCUAUAGCGCGUGCCCAUGGGUCACAGUGUGGCUUCUGCACCCCCGGUUUUGUCAUGUCCAUGUACACUCUCCUCAGGAACAGCCACGCCCCCUCAGAGAAGCAGAUUGAGGGAGCAUUCGAAGGCAAUCUGUGCAGGUGUACUGGGUACAGGCCCAUCCUAGAGGGAUUCAAAACCUUCUCACAGACUGGCUGCUGUGGCGGUGCUACCAAAUGCUGUAUGGACGUCAAAAGCUCUGAUGGAAUUAAGACUAUCAAAGGUCCUUCUAUCCUCUUUGAUGCCUCCAAAUUCCGACCCCUUGACCCCACCCAGGAACCCACCUUUCCCCCAGCACUCAGGACGGAGCCUCUCAUCCCAUUGGCUAUCAAGGGGCCGAGGGUGUCAUGGUAUCGACCUUUGACCCUGGACCAGUUGCUGGUGUUGAGAGCAAGGUUCCCUCAGAGCAAGUUGGUCAUUGGAAACACGGAGAUAGGCGUGGAGGUAAAAUUUAAGGGGGCCUUCUACGAUACUCUCAUCAGCUGCUCUCAAGUGCCUGAGCUCAACAAGAUGGCGGUCACUGACGAGGGACUGACAGUGGGAGCAUCUGUGACACUCACCCGACUGGAGGAACAGCUCAAGCAUCUAGUGGAGUCUCUACCAGAGAACAAAACGAGGACAUUCUCUGCUCUCCUGGAGAUGCUGCGGUGGUUUGCAGGACAACAGAUCAGGAAUGUGUCGACAGUAACCGGGGUGAUAGUGAUGGACCCCAGCUUCUUCACUGGCUACAAGAAGACAUCCAUUAAGCCGGGGGAAAUACUACUAUCAAUCCUCAUCCCCUUCACCAAAGAGCAUUAUGAUGCCAUCAAGAGAUACAUCACGAAUGGGCCCAUGCUAGUGGAGGUGAGCAUGAAUUCACCUCAUCGAAUGACUAGAUCUUUCAUGGACUCACUUCUGGCGUUCUGGCCUGGUCUGCAGGUUCUGUGGGGUGAUGUAGACACAGCUAUCCACAUUCACGACAUGCUUUAUCAUGUGAUGGAGAGACACAACUUCCUACCCGAGGCAUUCACUCAUGACUUCAGGUCCACUGGGGAAACCACCCUCUCAGGCCUGAGUUCAUUGAGAGCACUUACUUCCUCUACAAGGCGACUGGAGAUCCAUACUACCUGGACGUGGGUCGAUCAGUGGUGAACAACUUGAACAAGUACGCCAGAGUGAGGUUUGGCUUCGCUGCCAUCAAGGACCUCAGGACCAACGCUCACGAGGACAGAAUGGACUCCUUAAUUCGUACUGGCUGAGACGUUCAAGUAUCUGUUCCUGUUGUUUGCUGACGAGGGGGACAGUCCCCUGAACAUGGAUGACUUUGUGUUCACGACUGAGGCCCACCUCUUCCCCCUCUCCCUCGCCAGCGCUAACACCACCACCCUCAAUAGAGUCGUCCAAGAGGCAUUGCUGGUGAAGAACACAGACCUGGUGAAUAUGAGCACUGUCACUGUCACCACUAGCGGAUCCAGACUCUUCCGGGAAGGCAGCAAAGAACAAACCAGUCGCUGACAGCUUCACUAAAGGCGUCUCCUGUUCACUGACGAGAGUGUCCUCCCUCACGAGGUGGGUAAAGGAGAGGCUGCUGUCAAAUGAUAUAAGAGACAAAGCAAGGGCAAACUCCACCCACUCAAUCAGCGGUGGAUUAUAACGAGCAGGGGCC